GACCGCGGAGGCGGGGACGCGGGAGGAGUCGGGGCCGCGGCCGAGGCGGCGGCGGCGGCGGCCGGGGAAGAGAAUCGAGGAGGAUGAAGAAGAGGCAGUCUUUCGAGAAGUGGUCAGUUUUACGCCGGCUCCUUUGCCAGUUAGAUAUUAUGACAAGGACACCACCACACCUACCAGCUUUUACUUGUCCUCGCUGGAGGAGCUCUUGGCGUGGACGCCACACAUGGAUGACGGCUUUAACGUUGCCCUGGAGCCCUUGGAGCGCCGCCAGCCUCCUCUGAGCAGCCAGAGGCCCCGGACCUUGUUGUGCCAUGACAUGAUGGGCGGGUACCUGGACGACAGGUUUAUUCAGGGCACCGCGGUGCAGAACCCCUAUUCCUUCUACCACUGGCAGUACAUUGACAUCUUCGUGUACUUCAGCCACCACACAGUCACCAUUCCCCCGGUAGGCUGGACCAAUGCUGCCCACAGGCAUGGGGUCUGCGUGCUGGGGACUUUCAUCACGGAGUGGAGCGAAGGGGGGAGGCUCUGUGAAGCCUUCCUGGCUGGGGACGAGGGUUCGUACCAGGCAGUGGCUGAUCGGCUCGUACAGAUCGCUCAGUUUUUCCGUUUCGAUGGCUGGCUGAUCAACAUCGAGAACUCACUGAGUCUGGCUGCCGUGGGGAAUACACCUCCUUUCCUCCGGUACCUGACCACGCAGCUGCAUCAGCAGGUCCCAGGGGGCCUGGUGCUCUGGUAUGACAGUGUGGUGCGGAGUGGGCAGCUCAAGUGGCAGGAUGAACUCAACGAGCAGAACAGGGUUUUCUUUGAUUCCUGCGACGGCUUUUUCACCAACUAUAACUGGCGGGAGGAGCACCUGGAGCGGAUGGUGCGGCAGGCGGGGGAGCGCCUGGCCGACGUGUACGUGGGCGUGGACGUGUUUGCUCGAGGGAAGGUGGUCGGAGGCCAGUUUGACACGAACAAGUCGCUGGAGCUGAUCCGCAAGCACGGGUUCUCGGCGGCUCUGUUUGCUCCCGGCUGGGUGUAUGAGUGUCUGGAGAAGAGAGAUUUCUUCCAGAACCAGGACAAGUUCUGGAGUCUGUUGGAACGCCACCUGCCCACACACAGCAUCUGCUCCUUGCCCUUUGUCACGUCUUUCUGCCUGGGCAUGGGGACACGAAGAGUCUGCUAUGGCCAGGAGGAGGCCGUGGGGCCCUGGUACCACCCGAGCGCGCAGGACAUCCAGCCCUUGUUCGGAGAGCACAGGCUGGGAGGGGACGGUGGCGGCUGGGUGAAGACGUACUGCUGCCUGGUGGACGCCUGGCACGGGGGCAGCUCCCUGCUUCUCCGGGGCACGAUCCCACCCGAGGUUGGGAAUGUGGCCGUGAGGUUAUUUUCCCUGCAGGUCCCAGUGCCGCCCAAAAUUUUCCUGUCCAUGGUCUACAAGCUUGAAGGGCCUACGGAUAUCGGGGUUGCUUUGCAGCUGACCACAGGGGACAUCAGCAGCUGUCACGUUGGUGGCAUCUCAGUGCUGAAUGAAAUGAGCUCGAGACACAGUCCCCGACCCCUCCGGGUGCCCCCAACCAAGCUGGCCAGAUGGGCGGGCCGCUGUGGCCAGCCGCUCAGCGGGGGCUGGGUCCAGCGCUGCUACGAGCUGAGCCUGCGCGGGUGCCUCCUGCUGGACCUCUUCGUUAGCUUCUCACGGCCGCCGGGCAGCCAGGAGCAGGAGAGCUUCGUCUGUCGCCUGGGAGAGAUCCAGGUGGUGGAUGCCAACAGCCUGCUGUCCCCUCUGCCCCAGGUGCAGGCGGUCACUGUCACGCACACCCGCUGGCAGCAGGCCGCCCCUGUGCAGCUCCAGCUCAGCUGCACCCUGCACUGGUCCUACCCCUUGCUCCAAGUCCGCUGCUUCCGCAUCCACCACUGGAGCGGGGCGGGGCGAGGCUCUCACGGCAGGGAGCCGCUGUGGCCAGAGAAGCCCACCCUCCUGGGCCUGGCUUUUGCCAACCAGUACCGGGUAGUGGACCUGCCGGUGGACGCUGUGGGGCCCGGCCAGGAAGGCCGUGUGGAGUUCCUGGUGGAGCCCGUCCCCAGGGAAGGGUUCCUGGUACCGCAGGCCGAGUGGGGCCGGACAGUCCUGCUCUACUCAGCCCCCGCGUGAGCGACGUCAAAGCGCCGCCGUCUGCUGGCCUCAGACUGGGGUUCCUUCCCGGCUCUCUGCCCCUGGCCUGCGCCUGUCAAGUGGGCAUUGGUGGCCAGCCCAGGUCCCAGGGUCUGGGUGGAGACCCUCCCUCCUCGGGAGGCUGGGCCCCUGGCUGUGGCUCUUUGGUGGGGCACUGGUAACAGGACGGCCCAGAAGUGGGUUUGCUGAGUUGAUAAUUCCAAGAUGAAUGGCCUUCUGUUUCUAAUUUCGCUCCAUAGUAUAUAGUUCCCAGGACAAAAUGAAUGGAUUUGAGGAAGUUUAGUCCAGAAAAUUCCAUAAAGGAUAUUUCCUAACAGUCUGAAAGGUCUUUGUUCUGAGAAUGGGACUCUCCUCCUGCAGAUUGCCUAGGAAGGAGCUUGGGUUGUGGCAGGAGGGCCUCGGCAGGCCCCGAGAGGGUUCCGGGCUGACAAUGGGCCACUGCAGGGUGGCGGGAGAGGGUGCCCUGCGGAAAGGCCCCAUUCUCCCUGGGCAUGGGCGCUCAGGGCUGGGCUGGCACUGGCAUUCCAUCCCCACGUGGGCAGGGCAGGCCACCUACAGCGUCCCUAUGAGCCUGAACUCAUUCUGGAGGGUGCGCACCAGCCCCAGCGCCGCUGCGUCUCCCCAGGCCGUAGGCACGCGGCACGCAGCGCUGGGCGAAGCUCGCACUGAGGCCGGCACUGCCGGCUCCACAGCAGCUUCCCUCAGGCUCGGGCAUCGGCCCCAGCCCAGCCCAGCCUGUGUGCGGAUGCUCUGGGACCCAGUGGGGCUUUUCCAGCUAUUUUGUUCCUUCACAUCCUCCCCUCUGAGCCUCCCCCAAGGCCCGGGGAGACCUAGAGGCGGCCCCCUGUGUAGGCGCUGGCCCAGAUGCAUGGGAACGUGCGGGAGGCAGGUCCUCCCCACCGCGUCCUGUCCUCUCUGUUCUUUCCUGGUCUUUCUUCUGAGCCCUCCUCCCCCUCUGCCCAGGCGGGUGGGUCUGCAUGGACUCCGCAGGAGGCCAUGGGGGAGCUGGAGGCUUCGCAGCCACAGCUCCCUGUUGACCUCUGGGCUGCCCCGGAGGCUCCUGACAGUGGUGUCCAGACCCCAUGGCCCUGGGUGACCCUGCUGGCCCUCUCCCUGCUGUCUGCUCCGGUCCCCAUGCAGGCGAGGUCUGUUGUGGUUGACAGGGUCAAAGGCCUGACGUCCCUUGCUCUUGGGGAGGGUCUCUCACCUGUAGGCGACAUAGGGCCAGUCAGGGUUACCUUCCCGUUGCCAGUCCUGUUCCUGUGGUGUGGGGCGGAGCCAAGGGCUGGGAUGCUCUGUGACCCCAGCAUCUUCAGACUUGACUUUCCCCGUAGUAAGUGGGGAGGCCACUGGGGCAGGCCCGCCAUACCCCUUCCCUGUCCCGAGAGGGUACUCGGUGCCUGUACGUGCUCUGAGUGCCAGGUCCCCUUCCAGGGGCUGCAGCUGGCCUUUCUCCACCUUCCCUGCUCUCCUGGGUGCUCGUGUGCCAAGAACCGGGCAGGGAGCCCUGGGCCGAGGGGCUCUGUGCUCUUUCCUAACUGGGAAUGCUGUCCUGUGUCUCCUGUGUGGCCCCGGCAGCUCAGCCCCGGGAGGGGAAAUGAGUUUGCCGAGGAUGAGGGGAGAGCCCUCUGCUGUCCGCUGCUACCCAGAGCAGUUCCGUGGCCUGUUCUGGCUGGGGGACUCCUGGCCCCACUCCGUGCCCAGGGGCGGGCGCAGGGCAGGCCAGGCUUCCAGGGCUGGGCAGCGCCGCAUGAUCACUGCUUCCCUUAUUGCACGAAGUUGUCUUUUUAAAGUGCCUGUUGCCCUGAAUAUUUUAUGCAGAGGAGGGAAAAUUUAUAGUGGCAAUUAUUUUCUCUCAGUCUGGUGCACAAGCAAUUAGGAGUCAGGGGGCUUAGCAGAGCGUGGCGUGCAGCAGAGUCUCACCACCCCGGCUCCCCAAGAGCGUGGUCCCCAACCCCAACAGCGACGGCUUGUGUACGGGAAAAUUAAUGUGCCAGCACUUAAGCCUGUGCCCCUCCGGUGGGUGUAAUCGCGCUGAAAUAAAUUAUCCAACGUUGUGAAAA